UCAGAUCGGCUCGUGGAGUAAAAGCAGUCAAGAGAGACUUGGACUAGAGUUAGCCACACGGUCCCCACGCGAAGGACACGAGAGCUGUACACUGCCAACGCUUUCCACUCUUCCUCCUCUUCUCGUCCCACUGUUAGGGGCUGCAAUCGCCCUCUGCAUCCAUCCUUUCAGAAGAACUGUCAGCGAGAUGGAAACUACAACCAUCACCACCACGCAGACUGCAUUCACCUUUGGACUUACUGAAAGACGCGCCAGCCUCAGCCUGCACGCCCCGGCCCAGGACUGCACGGUCCCCGCGGCGCACCCCAACACCAGCGCUGCCGGCUUCCAAAGCAAAACCAAGGUGCUGAAGAGACAGCGCUCCAGCUCGCCGGAGCUCCUGCGCUGCAAGCGGCGCCUAAGCUUCAACGGCCUCGGCUACUCCAUCCCUCAGCAGCAGCCCGUGGCAGUGGCCCGGCGGAACGAAAGAGAGAGAAACCGGGUCAAACAAGUCAACAUGGGUUUCCAAACGCUGCGUCAGCAUGUGCCCAACGGCGCCGCCAACAAGAAGAUGAGCAAAGUGGAAACCCUGAGGUCUGCGGUGGAGUAUAUCAGGGCUUUACAGCAACUUCUGGACGAACACGACGCUGUGUCAGCUGCUUUUCAGUGCGGGUUGCCGUCCCCGACACUUUCCAACAGCUACUCCGCCGACCCGGAGUCGCCUCACUCCACUUACUCAUCAGACGAAGGUGGUUAUGAGCCCCUGAGCUCCGAGGAACAGGAGCUGUUGGACUUUACAACCUGGUUCGACAGGUACUGAGGCUGACAGCAUCAAAACCACACAGCAGAGUCUGUGCGUACAAGCGGCUGGCUUCUUUCAGAAAUGCUGACAAAGACUUGAUAAAGGCAUCAGAUCUGUCUUGCCCUCCGUGCUUGGAAAGUGAUCUGUUGCCUCCCUCCCUCACCCGGGCUGCUUCUGCAGGAGCAAAGCAAUAGUGAGAAAGAGAGAGAGAGCGUGUGUGUGUGUGUGAGAGAGAGAGGGAGCCUGUUGUUGCAUAGAGCACGAAUAGUCGCCCUGAUGUCCCAACGAGGAGGAGGGAGUUGGACUUAGUGUCGCGUUGACGCGUGGAAGUAAAGAACUGUUGAUGUUAUGUUUGAAUAAGUGCAAUUAAUUCGUGACACAGCAGGUUCUGCAGAGACUGAGCUGCGGUUCCAGGGGACUUGUUUGAUGAUGAGCGUUUCAUCAGAGCAGGACUGCCUUCCUCACGCUGCCACGUCUGUUGGAAGACAUCAACAAAGAUGAUGGAUCAACAGACCCUAUCGCAAUGUACAUGUUUUCCCCAUUUGAUAACACAAUUGUAUCAUACAGCAAAUUGUUUUAACGUGAAGACAUAUUUUUGUACAUUGAGUCAAACAAACAAUGUUCACUGCCACUUUUCCUGACAGUGUUUUGAGUGCAAGCUGUCAGUGAGGCAGUGAGUUGGCAUGUAUGAGUUGUGUGUGACUGGACAGCAAUGUCAAGGCUACUACAUGUGACCGACUGUAGUUAUUUUGUUUUUGUUUUUAAAUAGGUGAUAAGGAGACCUUUAUUAAUGUAUGCACUUGUUCUCCGUUUCCCGUAGCCUAAAAUGUAAAUAUUCGAUUUUAACAGAUAUAUUUUGUGUAAAACGAUUUUUAUAAAUAAAGAUUAAUCUAUUUAUAUUAUA